AUGCGAUAUACGAUAUCCAAAGAAACAGAUGAAUAUCAGUCCACCGCUAAUGAUUUCUAUGAAGCAAUGGCAGGCUCUUGCCAGCAAAUCCUAAAAAUUGAACGAAUACAAAAUGAACGAUGGUAUUCACAAUACGUAACACAUCGGCGCGACUUUAAAAGUCGCUUAGAUAGAGACACUAAAAUGCGUUUAUAUCAUGGUUGUCCACAACAAUCCACGGGUUCGAUUAUCGGAGGUAAUUUUGACAGAAGCUAUUGCGGAGUUAACGGUCAAGGUGUUUAUUUUUCGUCGAAGGCAACUUACAGUCAUCAAUUUGCAAAACCUAACUCCAAUGGAGAACGAUGCAUGUUCAUAGCACGUGUUCUUAUUGGAAAUACCCCGUUAGGAAAUAGCAACAUGAAAACUGCACCACAAGGAUUCGAUACAACCACGGACAAUGACCAUAUUUUUGUAAUUUACCAUGAUGUACAAGCCUAUGCUGAGUAUUUAAUAACAUAUAGAUAA